GUUAUAGUUUACUUGUUAGAAUUUUGACUUCUCAGUUCUACAGAACAUUUGAAUGACUCAGCUCAGCUGGUUUGGGCAAUUCAAAUUAUUUUUGUGACAACCACUAAGAAUGGGGACACAUUACAAAACCGUUUUAGUAGUCUUACAGCUCUGAUCCCAAAAUAACCACAUCAAAUAUGCAAAGCAAGACAGUAAAAUAUAGCCGCACCAGCAAACAUGAGCAUCAGGAUGAUGACAACGAAGACAUUUGCUUCUUGAGAUUUACUGGAGCGAUUCCAUUCCACCCCACCAACAGGCAAUCGCCUCAUUGCUUGCAGAUUGGGGGGUUUUCACAUGACUUUGUUUUAAUGGUUAGAAGGAACAUCCCGGUUCUUGUCUGUUCUUGCAUGUUGGUAAAUAUUUUUCAUGCUGCAUGCAUGCCCUAAAUCUGACUCACUCUUAGAUGCAAUUUCUGCACGACUUGACCCUAAUACAUCUUCCUGCUUUGAGUCUUGUCCCAGCAGCUCUAUGAAUUAUUCAGGAAAUGAUUGUAGUGAAACGAAAGGGGGAAUGUUUUACUCGACUAAUGAUGCUGGAUCUGGAUGGAGGACCGGAGCGCCGAGUUGAAACUCGUCCACAAUGAUUUUUGGGUCAAAAAAAAAAAAAAAAGAAAAGGUUGUGAGGCUGGAAUUGCUUUUCGAAUAAAAGUGGUCCCGCACCCCCUUUAUGAUCAUCCAGAUACAGCACCCCCCCCCCUCCCUCUGCCAUCUGCCAUCCCUGACUCUGUCCCUCCAUAGAUAAUGCAUUUGACUGAACAGCAGCAAAGUGGGUGAAGCAACCCACCCAUGUGUUCUCAUGUCACCCACAUCCAGGGACGGCGGGGGGAGGGGGGGCAUCUCAGGUGAUGAGGUGUGGAGGAGCUGCCCUUGCCUAAUAGUCACCGGAAACCAGCUUAACACGCACGCACACGCAAACUGACAUAAACACACACAGCUAUCAGUUCUCCUGCAACCCAAUGAGGGAAUGGGAGGAGGCGGUGAAGGAGGGAAGUGAUAAAGAGAGAGGGAGGUGGGAGGGGGUGUGUGUAAGAGACGGCAAGCUUAAGAAGGAGAGAAAGAGGGAAGGGGGGUGGAUGGAUGGAUGGAUGGAGCUAUUUGGUGAUAUUCCCUUCUCCUGGAUGCUGCCGUUCCUUUUCAUGGCUUUGUCCCUGCUUUGCGCCGUGUCUGUGGGAGCAGACACCGGUACUCAGCCACAGAGCCGGGGAUGAAUCAGCUCCAACAAAGAGCCUUUGAGAUGGCUGCGUGUGCCUGGAGGGAGGAACGCAUCAGGCUUUCCCAGGCAAGCGGCAGCCUGCAGUGUGCUCCUGCUUGAGAGCCAGCCCUCCUCGUCGUGGUGUGUGUGAGAGCGGUUUAUGGCCGUGAGUGUGUGUCUGAAUGUGAGUGAGCGCUGUAUAUGAGUGCACAUUAGUCCUGCUUCCAAUCCCUCCUGGAGGAGAGCAGCUCUCCUCUUCAGUGGACGGAAAGGGAAAAUUUGAGGCUGGCAAGCAGUUGUCCUUCCAGACCUGAAAAUGUUUCGUAAGAAAAAAAAGAAGAGGCCUGAGAUAUCGGCGCCAAAGAACUUUGAGCACCGCGUCCACACAUCAUUCGAUGCCAAAAGAGGCUGCUUUGUGGGCCUGCCGACCCAAUGGCAAAGCCUGAUAGAAAACCUGCGCAGGCCCAAGCCCAUGGUGGACCCCUCCAGGAUCACAGAAGUUGAGCUGAGACCAAAAAAGACCAUAGUACGUGGGAGCAUGAUUGGUCACGGAGACUACAUCGCAGCCAUGAUCAAUGACAUGAGCCGUCUGUCUGUGACCAGCUCCAACUCUCUGAGGAAGAGUAGCCCGUCGGCCAGGAAGAGAGCUCAAUCUCUGGGAAGGCUUGGGGAGGUGAAUGAGGGAGACGUCUAUCAGUACGAGGGCCUAACGCAGGACGAUGACGAUGAUGAUGAAGACCACUGGAGGGAAAAAGCCAGGAAUAUCCACAGUGAGACCAACACCCCUUAUUUGGGCAUGAAGAAGAGCAUCACUCUGCAGCCAAAUGGGAUCUUGCCAAAGGCCACGUCCACCUAUGAAGUUGGAGUCAGCUCCCGGGAAGGACCUUCCUUGCAGUCUCAGAGCAUUCCACCACCAAGUCAUGCGGCUUUUAUGAGUGGGGAGAUAGGGAGUCCUCAGGAACGAGUGAUUUGGAAAAGAGAUAUCCAGCUGCCCAGGGGACUACCACCUAACCAGAGACCUGUAGCUUGUUUCUACACCCCUGUGAUGAAUGUGCAGCAGGCGCAUGGAGAUCAGGGAGCGAUCACUACGGAUCUACGCCCCAACCUUCCAAUGUACAUGCAUCCACAAAACAGUCCGGGCCGGCCUUUCUCCUCCUAUGACUUAAAAGCGGACUCGACUGUGAGGUACCACUCUGGAUUUCUGCCCACUGGCACCAGCAGUCCUCUGGUUGGAGGAAUCAGGCCUCAGAGAACAGUGCGCUCCUCAGCCAGCUACACUCUAGGUCUUUCUCCUAACAUGGGUCUGAGGCCCAGUGGACCGGAGCCUUUCCUCAGACACUCUGGAUGCCCAAACCCUCCCUACCCCCGACAGGACAGCCCUUCCCAGCCCCGACCUUCCCCCACAGGUUCAUUAGCCACUAGUCCUCCAGGUACCUGCUCCCCAGCCUUUAGGCCACCACAACACCCCUCACCCAGACCACCCCCCGACCCGCCCAAGGUGACACAUGAACAGUUCAAGGCAGCUUUGCAGAUGGUGGUUGACAAGGGUGAUCCAAGGACUUAUCUGGAGAAUUUUGUGAAGAUUGGAGAGGGCUCAACGGGGGUGGUGUGUAUCGCGACGGAGAAGCACACAGGAAGGCAAGUGGCGGUAAAGAUGAUGGACCUGCGACGUCAGCAAAGGCGGGAGCUGCUCUUCAAUGAGGUAGUCAUCAUGAGGGAUUAUCAGCACAAGAACGUGGUGGAAAUGUUCAAGUCUGCCCUGGUGGAGGAGGAACUUUGGGUAAUCAUGGAGUACCUGCAGGGUGGAGCGCUUACCAACAUUGUGUCUGAAACCAGGCUGAGUGAGGAGCAGAUUGCCACAGUAUGUGAAGCAGUUCUGCAAGCUCUGGCCUACCUCCACUCACAGGGAGUCAUUCACAGAGACAUCAAGAGUGACUCUAUAUUACUCACAUUGGACGGAAGGGUGAAGCUUUCAGACUUUGGAUUUUGUGCUCAAAUCAGUAAGGAUAUCCCGAAGAGGAAGUCAUUAGUGGGGACCCCUUAUUGGAUGGCUCCGGAGGUUAUCUCCAAAUCACCAUAUGGCACUGAGGUUGACGUGUGGUCUAUGGGUAUCAUGGUGGUUGAGAUGGUGGAUGGAGAACCCCCGUAUUUCAGUGAAACCCCUGUGGCAGCCAUGAAGAGGCUCAGAGAUGAGCUAGCUCCAACAGUCCGAAACAUCAGCCAGGUGUCUCCAGUUCUGAAGGACUUCUUGGACCGCAUGCUCACUCGAGACCCCCUUGAGAGAGCCAGUGCCACUGAUUUGCUGGAGCACCCCUUCCUGCUGCAGAGCGGCUCGCCUCAGUGUCUGGUCCCACUGGUGGAGCAGUAUCGCAAGCGCAUGUCUCGAUGCUGACCCCUCGCAGCUCUCUUCUAUCAAACUUCAGCCUGGCCUGCCUCAGAAGAGCGUAGGUUCUAGUUCGUCUAGAACCAGGCAAAUGGGCUAUCAGCUCCAGAGAAGCAAACCCAGGAGGCAUUUUGCUGCAGGAGCGGCGGCGGUUGACAGACAUGGCCGACAUGGCUUGUCAGACACCCUUUCAGGAGUUAAAGGCGGCAUGCAAGUCUUCACCUUUCCGCUGAGUUUGACCAGAACAAGGAUUCCUUUUUUAUAACAUUUUGUGCGACUCACUACAAAGCAACAUGGUGCAUAAACUACUAACAGCAAAAAUCAAUACUCCUUUUAAAUAUAUGUACCAAACCCAUGCUACUCUAAAAACCCUAGAUAGUGUUGUUAGUGGGCUCCAGUGCCAGCUGUGUGUAAAGCUUUUAAAGCUGGUACUAGGGGCAAAAACAUGAUAGGCCAUUGUGAAAGGAUAGCUACCCUUUAUGCACACUCAGUAGAGAACAAGCUGACUGACACACUCUUUGCAUGGCCAAAUGGAGGCACACCUGGCCUGAUGUGAAUGCUUGAAUACGUACCAAACUGGGAUGUGAAAGACAAUUCUCUCCUAUUAGCAUAAUAAAUGGGUAGAUAAAAGCCCAGCUGCUACUGUUAGGCUACUGGAAAUAUCCCCAGUACCACGUUCUUUUAUAAAUAUAUAUAUAUAUAAAUAUAUUUAUUCUUUAUUUUCAUAAGACAUUAUUGGUUGUUUGUACAAUGUGAAGUUGCAAAUAAGGCUUCAUAAUUAAGUAUGGACUUGAAUUGACCGUGUAAAUAAAGCGACAGACUGCUGAGUCUGUGCACCAGCUGAUUUGCAGCCGUAAGUUAUAUAAAAAUUAUUUUGAAAUGUUAAUUUUAUUCACUGAAACGUGAGUGCAUUGACACGUGUGUGUGUGUGUGUGAGGGCACAGGUGUUUAUUUUUCGAGUCUUUGCUUCUGAUAAAACCCUCUGUGAAUUGUGACAGACUUUGGGGGAUGGGGGGUCACUGUUGAGGAUGAUGUGUUUAACUGCAUUUGCAUUAGUUUGCCUAGAUAAAGCACACGGGCCUAGCAUGUAAUGCUGCAGGACACGAGAAACACUUUUUGCACAUAGUCUUUGUAUUCUCACACGGAUAUGUGUCGAUACCUUUCAUGUCUUUCUAUUUCUACGUCAAUCAUUCAUGAACAAGAGAAUAACACAUUUUAAUUUUGUAUAAAUCAAUAAAUAAUGUGUAUUGAAACAAACCA